AUGGAACUUGAGGCUUUCCUUAAUAAUCACCUGAAUGAAGUCUGCAUCAUUGGUGGAGACUUCAAUGCCAUCACUAAGGUAGAAGACAAAAGAGGAGGGAAUAUCAAGCUCCCCCCAGCAGCUAUAGACUUUAAUCAUUGGAUCAAUAGGAAUUCUCUUUUGGAAAUCCAGACGGCAGAUAAUGCCUUUACAUGGAAUAAUAGAAGGAAAGGUUUCUACAACAUUGCGGAGAAACUUGAUAGGUUCUUUAUCCAUGGAGGACUCUUGGAGUUCAAUUACAACAUGGAAACAAAGCCUCUUCCUUUAUCAAGCUCUGACCACUUUCCACUUCAACUUAACAUAUUGUCUGAUCACUCUCCUAGAAAUUGCCCCUUCAAAUUUGAAAGCAUGUGGUUCAGAGAUGAUAACAUCAUAAACCUUAUUGAAAAAUGGUGGAGGGGCUCAGUGUUCUCAGGAUCAAAAAAUUUUAUUGUGGCAAACAAGUUAAAUCUCAUGAGGAAGCUCUCGGAGUGGAAUAGGACUAAUUUUGGUAAUAUUUUUGAUAAGAAACUCUUAAUAGAAAGAGAUCUUAAGGAUGUUAGCACUGAAGUUCUGGAGAAGGGGAUGGAUGAACAUCUCUUCCUUAAGGAAAAAUUAUUACUAUCUGACUAUGAAAAGGUUCUGUCAAAUGAAGAAAUCUUCUGGAGACAAAAGUCAAGGGAGACUUAG